UUUUUCUUUUUUCAGUGCAAUAGGAAGAUUCUGCCUAUACAGUUUGGAGGGGAAAGAAGCAUCUAAAGGACUGAAUUGUUGCAGAGUCGCACAGACUAUAAAGGACCUGCCCAGUUACCAUGCAGGCAGCUGCGGAAACAGCUAAAAAGAAGAACAAGAAGGGGAAGACCCUCACACUGACGGACUUUCUGGCGGAGGAUGGUGGCACCGGUAGCUGUCCCGCACCUACCUAUAUUCCCAAACCAGUCAGCUGGGCGGACGAGACAGAUGACCUGGAAGGAGAUGUUUCCACCACUUGGCAUAGUAACGACGAUGAUGUUUACCGCGCCCCUCCAAUUGACCGCUCCAUCCUGCCCACUGCACCUCGGGCUGCUCGGGAACCCAAUAUAGACAGAAGCCGUCUCCCCAGGUCACCCCCCUACACCGCCUUUCUGGGAAACUUGCCCUACGACGUGUCGGAAGAAUCCAUCAAGGACUUCUUCAGAGGACUCAAUAUAAGUGCUGUGCGUUUGCCACGGGAGCCUACUAACCCUGAGAGAUUGAAAGGUUUUGGGUAUGCUGAGUUCGACGACCUGGACUCCAUGCUCAGUGCUCUGAGCCUCAAUGAAGAGUCUCUAGGGAACAGAAGAAUACGAGUGGAUAUUGCUGAUCAAGCUCAGGAUAAAGACAGGGAUGACCGCGGCUUUGGCAGAGAUCGUGAUCGCAACCGGGACACAGAGAGAUUUGAGACUGACUGGAGGGCGCGUCCUACUACCGAUAGCUUCGAUGAUUACCCUCCACGCCGGGGCGAUGACAGCUUUGGAGGAGACAGGUACCGGGACCGAGAUCGCUACGAUUCAGACCGGUAUCGUGAUGGCCCUCGCAGGGAUAUGGAUCGCUUUGGGGGCAGGGAUCGUUAUGAUGACCGUCGAGAUUAUGACAGAGGCUAUGAUUCCAGGGUAGGCAGUGGCCGGAGAGCCUUUGGCACUGGGUACCGCCGAGAUGACGACUUUAGAGGUGGUGGUGACCGUUAUGAUGACCGCUAUGAGAGGAGGGAUGAUCGCACGGGCCCGGACAGGUGGAGCUCACGGGAUGAUUACAGCCGCGGUGCAGAUGACAUGCGGCGCGAUGACAGAGGUCCAACUCAGAGGCCAAAACUGAACCUGAAGCCCCGGAGUGCCCCCAGGGAGGAAGACACAUCGACAGCCCCUGCCACCCAGUCCAGCCGUGCGGCCUCCAUCUUUGGGGGUGCCAAGCCUGGGGACACUGCUGCCGGGGAGCGUGAGGUGAAAGAGCGGCUGCAGAAGGAGCAGGAGAAGCUGCAGCGUCAGCUGGAGGAUGAUAAAAGGCUAGACCGGCGGCCCAGAGAGAGGCAUCCCAGCUGGCGCAGCGAGGAGAACCAGGAGCGAUCGCGGACGGGAAGCGAGUCCUCCCAGACUGGCCCCCCUGGCACCUCCGUGGGAACAGGCCCUACAGGAAGAACCACACGAAGGAGGGAGAGCGAGAAGUCCUUGGACAACGAGACCUUCUCCAAGGAGGAAGAGGCCCCAUCUCCCACCUCCAAGACCCCCAAAGACGAGAAGCUCCCCCUGAAGGUGAUGCCUGCCCCUCCGCCAAAGGAGAAUGCCUGGGUGAAGCGCAGCUCCAACCCCCCUGCCCGCUCACAGAGCUCGGACUCGGAUCAGCAUUCUCCUACAAGCAGCAGCCAGGGAGCACCAUCUCUGCAUUCAGAGGACGGGACACCACCCAGGAGUGCCAACAGGAGAGGAGAUGAGAACAAGCCUGAUGGGGGCAAAGAAAGUCCUCCGAAAAGCCGAAGUGGAAGCUCUGGCCGUGCUCCGGGAGAUGAAGGGGAGAGAGAGUCGUGGCCAGAGUCAGAUAAGAAAGAAAGCAGGAAGGAUCAUGACUCAAGAUCUGCUUCUGAGCCAAAGAAACUUGAGGAGAAUCCGGCCCCUAAGUUCAGCCUUGCUAGCAAGUACGCUGCUCUGUCAGUAGAUGGCGAGGACGAGAUUGAAGACGAAUAUGCUGAUUAAACCUCUCCAGCCCCCGCACUGUCUCCUAGCUGACGGCCACCCAGGACCGCACGGAGAGCAAACCAAACCUCUAUCCAGACCAGACCGAAAUAAAACCUAAACUCAGCAUCUC